AUGAUACUGUUACCAAGAUGUAUAAAUACAAUUGUAUUACACAAUAUAAAGCGAAGUUUUAUGACUAAGUCCUGUGGCUUAAUGCAUUCUAAUGUUAAUCAAGUUACUAUUAAAGAUGCUAAAGAUGAUAAAUUUGUUCCUAUUUAUAAAACACCACACAUGAAAUUUUUCAUUGGUUUAAAUAGAGUAAAAAUAUAUCAAAUAGUAGGAUUAUCUUGUUGGAUUCCUAUGUGUCUUAGUUUGAACAUGCUUAACUAUUUAAAUACUGACGAAGUUAUUUGUGCAUCAUUAAUAGGUUUAGGUUUAACAGCUGGCUUACAUUUUGCCUCUUGGAUAGUAUCAAAUAAUCUUGUUGUUUUUGUUUAUACAAAUAAAGAUGAUCAAAAAUGUCGAAUAUCCUAUAUAUCUUACUGGGGAAAUCGAAAGGAAUUAUAUUGCAACGUUGAAGAUAUAACACCUAUUGAAUUAUCCAAAUUAAGUUUAUUAAAUCAUAAAAUUAAAUUGAAAGGAAAUUCAAUCACACUUAAAAUUAUUACACGCAACUCAACCAUUUUUAAUAAUGCUAAAUUUAGAAAAGUGUUUGGUAGUAAUAUUAUUUGAAAAAUAAAUUUAAAUUGUGUCAUGUAAACAAAUAAUUUUUUUUUACAUUCACUACCAAGUACCAAUGAUGCAUCAACAUAAAAUUGUACUAUGUAUACAAGCAAUAACAAUUGUAAUUG